AUGCAUGUUGUUGCAAGUACCACAGCUUUUCUGGGCGUCAUUUCUAGUGUUGCCGGGGUACACCAUCGCAACAGAGACACCAACCAGCAAAUCUUAAAGCCGCCCGUACCAGAGCCUAUUGUUGUCACCGAGCUUCCCUUGCCUCCUGUCGCCGACAGUAAAGAGGGUUCUUGUACUCCGGAAGUCAGCCCUCACCGGACCGGAUGUCUGCUCAAAUCCUCCCAGAUCCAAAGUGGAAAUUUUCUUCCUGAUAACAACCAUGUGCUUGUCAGCUUAAACUUCUCAGGGGCUCCAGCAGCACCCGAUCCGGCUAGCGUUUACAAUGGCACCCAUUUGACUCUGGUAAAGGCUGAUGGGACCAAGUUUCCUAGCGGUGACCCAUGGAAGUGUAUUACCUGCGGCGUACCGGAAGAAAACAAGGUCGGCAGCACAGAGCUCUCUCCCUAUCCUCAGGCGUUUUUGGAUGGCAAGAGGGCCCUAAUCGGGACUAAUAUCGUUGAUUGUGGUUCGGAGCUGCUCGCAAGUUCUGAGUGUACACCGGAUAAAGUGCAUAUCUACCCGAUCCGUUGGAAUGUCAAGGCAGAUGGCUCGGGAACCGGGGGAGAUAUACGAGAAUUGCGUCUACAUCCGGAUAAUGUGCACUUGGGAUUCAACUCCUUCACCUUCUCCAAUGGCCAACUUGGACAGUUUGGCUACUUUAGUCGACUGCAGUUUAACCCGUCGCCGAAGACUGGCGAGCCUCGCUCGGCACGAUACGAUCUAGUUAACAUUACCAGACUCUAUAGCCCGGAAAACCCCCUGCCGAUCAGCGCAAAAGGUAACCAGCUAGUGUUUAACCGGUCAGCUAUUGCGGUCGGCGAGCUUCGAGGAUUCACCGGACGCGGUAAAGAGGUCACAUAUAUCGGCAACCCCGUCGAGUCAUGCAAUAUCGACGUGUUCGCUGCCGAUCUCACAACCGGAAAGGUCCGUCGCAUCACGGAUCACCCCGAGUAUGUCGAUCCGAUGGAUGUCUCUCCCGAUGAUAAGUGGCAAGUGAUCCUCGAUACUCGAGGGACAGGCCGGCAGAUGUUCAUGGCCGGCAUGCGCGGCAUUCCACCGAUUAUCGACCUGAUCGCUACUACGGUCGCCUCCUCCACUCGCAACAAUGGCCCUCGGCGAUUCUUCCGGCCUUGGCUCCUGGACCACGAUGGGGACCGUGGAGACUACUACGGCCAGCAAAUCAACGGCGACGGCGACGGCAGCCCGGGCAGCAUCAACGACCCCAACUGGAACGCCGGGGCAGACCCCAAGUGGUCUCAUGACGGCACACGCAUAGCCUACUUCGAAAACCUGGUUGUUGCACCUUCUUGCGGCGGACAGAACCCUCUGCCAUGCCCUAACUCUACUGAACCCGGUGGUCGUGUCACCCGUCUGAUGCUGGCUCACCUUACCAGCCGUGAGCCGCUGGAUCUUGAACCAGUUGCUCCUGUCUCCGAUGAAGUUCCCUGGGGUGUUCCAUAUGAGCCCGAAAGUGCUCUGCCAGACCGUCCGUUUCCAGCUGAAGGAAAUUACACCUUGAAGGGAGAGGUGUCCGGCUCGGCUUUUGUGUCAAUCAUUCAUGACAAGGCCAUUCCAGCAGCGAUCAAAACCAUCGCAGUCGACUAUCGCAACUAUUCCGAUGACGGAUUACAUUUUAUCGACGGCUCUGAGAGGUUCACCAGUACUGUCGAAUCCAUGACGAUAAACAAGGUGGACUGGUUUUCCGACCUUACGUCUGCCGGACAAGUUACCGGGAGCAAGAAGACUAGUCCGGGUGGGUUCCAUCUGGAAAUCGAUGCCAUGACUAACAUAUUCAAUGCGAACGGAACCUUGACUACCACUCUCGAUGGAAAGGUCUGGAAGCAGCCGGCGAACGGGACUUGA